GGUUCUUAAGUGGAACGUCAUAACGUCACGAGUAACAGCUGGAUGGAAUGUUGAUACAAUGGCCGCGGUGUUUUAUAGGCUAAUGUCUCGGUGUAGCCGCUUGUCCAGGGCUUUCUCCUUGGCUCUGUACCACAGCAGAAGCUCCAGUAGAAGGUGGCAGAGAGUGACCCUGGGACUGGGAGCAACGCUGGCCGCUAUUCCCAUUUCACAGUCUCAAUCAACAUCUCUCACUCAUGAGGAUUUAAUCAAACGGGCUGUCUCAUUGGUAACUGAUGGUGCCAAUACCUUUCUGUCACAAACAACACUUGCACUAAUUGAUGCUUUGACAGAAUAUACUAAGGUUGUCCACACCCUGAUCUCACUUCAGAGGCAGUAUACUGGUCUAGUUGGCCAUAUAAGCGAAAAAGAGGAAGAUGCUAUUUGGCAAGUCAUAAUUGAGGCUCGUGUAAAGAUGAGCAUGUAUCGAGAAAAAUAUCUCAGUUUUGAGUCCAAGUGGUUGGCUGCAGUCAGCCUCUCUGAAAUGGCAGCAGAGGCUGCAUAUCAAGCAGGUGCCGAUUCGGCCUCAGUAACUGCGCACACACACAUUCAGAUGGCCCAAAGUCAGGUGGAAGAGAUGAAACAACUGGCCCUGAAAGCUGAGGCUAAAUUGGCUCAAGUACAGGUGGAAGAAAUUCACAUGAAAAGAAUAGAAGAGGCUGCAGCGAAAGCCAGCAAAGAGGCUGCAAACCUGCCAGUAAAAGAAGAAGAAAUACCCGAACAGUAUCUACGGGAAGACUAAUCUAUAUAGACAAAUGAUUUGGUGUGCUUGAGAAUUGAGGAAUGUAGCAGUUUCUGCUUAUGUGAAGAGUUAUGCAAAUAUUUGUAAAUUAUACCAAUAACAAUUUUUUAAUAAACUGUAAAUUCUUUUUGUUGAGAUCUUAGAAUUAAUUAAGGCCAUAUAAAAAUAUUCUCUAAAUAGAAUUGCCAACAGCCGUACCAGCUCUUAUCUAAUUUAGUCAAUGUUUAUGUUAUGUUAAUUGUGUCAAUGAGCUGUACUAUCUGUCUUCAACAUGUAACCCACAGUGGAAAGUUGUUCUUUAUCAUUCUCUAAUGACUGAAAAGUGACCUUCAUUCCUUUGGUAAUGUUCAAACAGUUCUUAAGCAUUCUUCAUCAUUGAGUUAACCAGAGGGCUGAUUUGAGUUAGAACAAUGAGGAGUUUUGAUGAGCUUUGGGGAGGGUGCAGGAGAUCUGCUUCUGAUUUUACAUUCCAGCUCACCUUGUCUUUACUUUUUUUCCUAUAAUCCUCCCUUUUAAAUACUAAAAAAAAGCAUACAACCAAAUAAAGUGGUUUGGUCCAUUGCACUUUCUCCCUAAUGUAGCAAACAUCAUUUAACAAGAACUGAUUAAUAAAAGCUCCACAAUGAUAAAUCCAAAGAUUCCAAAAGAUAAUGAAGUGAAAUUUUAGCAUAUUAUCUGAGCUGAACUCACACUUUCAGCUCUGACCAGUUUCAUUCUAUAAAUGACUGAAGUGUGUUUGAUCAACAAAUGUCCAUAGAAUAUUUGAUCAGUUUGGACAAUCUUUGGUGAUAAUCUGUCCAUCCAGCUGUUUUUUUUCAUGGUCCACAUCUGGGAGGAUGAGGGGGAGACAGUGCCAUCUGAUCUCACCUAAAGCUUUCUCCCUCCCAUAGUGUUUUCUGGUAUAUUAGGUGAUUACUUUAUUUCAGCACUUUUCCAGUUGUGUAAAGCUUGACUACCAAUUUUUUUUAAAUUGGAGAGUGAUGGAUUACCUGUUUAACAUGCAUGACCUGGUAGUGCUUUUGCUCAGUCUGGACAUUUACGUAGUUGUUGUAGUUCACUGUUAACUUCCAAAGGACUACAUUGUGGGAUGGAUUUUUUUCAAAUUUAUUUCCUUUCUACAAAUGCUUAGUUGUGUCAUAAAGUACAAGUGAGAGAAAUGUUUGGUUUAGUGUAGCACUAUUAAAAUCAUGUGAGCAAAUAGGGUUGAUUGUGUGAUUUUGGAGGAGAUGGAGUCAUUAGUAGCCAAUUGUGUUGCAAUAAGCAGUUAAUAGUCACCAAGCCGAUAUGUUGUGAAGUGCCCAUCAUUUUAGCUGUGGAAUAUGUAAAUUGGUCUUGUUGGCAACCUUGUAAAUAGGGCCUGAGCCAUUUGCUCACCAUGCAAGCUGACUGCUGAAAUAGGGUGCAUCAAAGGCAUCCUGCAGGAUAAUGGCUACCCUGAUCAGAUCAUUAUGCGCUAUAUAUCAUGAAAACUCAUGAACGGUCCUAAGGCCGUCACUUUCGGCCCUGAAAAGUGCCCAGUCUACCUCAGAUUACCCUGGAAGGGCAAGUUAUCUCAAAAAUUUGAGCAACAGGUGAAGCUAGCUGUUUCACACUGCUACUAUGUAGUAGCAACACGGGUGGUAUUUGCCACUAACAGGAUACUGCCAUCAAGCCAAGACAUUCUGCCUAUCAUGCAAAUGAAUAACGUGUAUGAAUUUCAGUGCCAAUGUGAUGCUAGGUACGUAGGCCAAACAUCCCAAAGACUAGUGCCUUGUGUCAAACAGCAUGUUCCAGCCACUCUUUGCAGUGGGCAAGAUACAGACCGCAUCCAACCAACCCGUUCUUGCAAAACUCAAAACGCAGUGUUUAAUAUUAGAUGCGAUUCUGCGAUUGGCUAAACAUUUGCUAAGUAAUCCUCAAUAUGCUAAGAAUUACGCUGACAACCAAUUAAAGAUCGUCAGUCGGGCUUGCAACCUGGUGCUUUUGUGUGUGCUGGAAGCUGCAUAUAUUAAUACACAGGGCCCUGUUCUUUGCAGACAAGAAGAACAUGUACACACAUUGUGCCUGGUUCAGUUAAACAAAAUAAGUGACAGCCAUUCGCUGACUCUUUUGUCACUGGCCAACCAAUCAGCAUUCUCUUCACAUACAGUAUAAAUUGUAAUUUUCCCCUUUUGGUAUUUCUAAUGUCCUGAUGAGUGCAAGACAGAAAGCGUAGACAUGUCUCUUUUUUCAGCAAUACUCAAGCUCUGUUCUACCAAACGACUAUACGUAAAUUUUAGUGAAACUGCCUGAAUGAUGAGUGUGAAAAUCUUGAUUUUUAACAAUGGUCGAUGCUAGUAACAUCUGUAAUAGGAUAACACCAACUGAUUUUGGUGGGAGAGACCACCUUCAGAAAUGUCGUUACAGCGUUCACUUUCACUGCAGUGGUGAUACUUCCAAAUGAAUACUAUCCCAUCAUGGGGAGUUGAAUAA